AUGAGGAAUCUGCCUCUGACCGAUACCGUGCAGUCGUUACAAUCCGUGCCGUAUGAUACUGAGGGACACCCCUGGAACAGAGGUAUGCCAAACCCCUUCGGUGCCAUUGGCUCCGAGUAUGCUAGGGCUAGAAACACUAGCGGUAGCAAUUCCUCCGGCACAUUCACCACAGUGCCUAUUGUCUGUUUUCGCUGCGACAACAGUUUAGCAACAACGCGCUGCUACGAGUGCAGUUCACUUUUAUGCUACGAUUGUUGUCACAAAAUCAUAUCUAAAUGUCAGUUGAGAGAACACAAGCUCCUCCCAAUAUAUCAACAGCCAUCCAACGGUGUUGCAUAUCGUGCUAUGGCUAUGUCAAAAGCUUAUGAAAAAAAAUCUAUGGAAGCCGGAAUGCAAAUCAAGAGAAAUAUGCAUUGUUAUGCUCAGACGAUUGGAGAUAAUCAAAAUUAUCUUUUCAAUGAGGUCGAGACAAUGCGUCAUAAGAAGAAAAAGGAGUUUACAGAACAUAUUAAUGAACUGCGUGAUUUGCUCACCAGUUUAGCUUACAUAAUUCAAACAUUAGUGCGUAGUAUGGAUUGUAAAGGGAUAAAUUUGUUUAUGGCAAAGGAAUAUGGUAGAUCUCAAGUAGAGCACAUCUCAUUUAUUUUCAAGGAUACACAUAUUCCUAAAGAAAGUAUCGAUAUCAUGCCACCUAAUUAUGAAUUAUUUAACCGAUUGAAAGUGCAAUCUAAUGUUCAAUCGACUGCCGCAUAUUCCGGUGUAAGUAUAAACUCUGAUUCAGUCGGUCGAAACACUUACCAGCCUUUGAGGUCAAUGCAACUUUCUCAGGCGGCUCAGCUGUAUCCUAAUCCAAAUUAUAUUGCCAGAACAAGCAAUAUGAGAAUGCCACAAGAUUAUUCUUUGAGCAUAACUUCUACAAAUAAUCACAAAUAUACAUCCUCCUUGAUAACCCGAUCAAAUACUACUACUGUAUGUGGUAUCGGACGAGCCAUUCCAGCUUACCGGACGUCAGUAUCGUUAAAGCCUAACAGAAGUUCAAUCCCUGGAGAGCCUAUAUUUUCAUUUGGUCCUGAUGGUCAAGGUGAAGGCCAAGUUUCUAGACCGUGGGGAAUUUGUAUAGACAGAAAAGGCAAUAUGAUAGUUGCUGAUAGACGAAAUCACCGCAUUCAAAUUUUCAGUCACGGUGGUGACUUUCGAACCAUGUUCGUUUCCAAAGGAACUGGCCCUGGCGAAUUUGAUUUACCAGCUGGCAUUACUACUGACGUUUUUGAUAGAAUCAUUGUCGCAGAUAAAGACAACCAUAGAGUACAAAUAUUUUCAAUGAACGGAAACUUUAUCCUCGAAUUCGGAUCGUUCGGUAAAAGAAAUGGGCAGUUCCGGUAUCCAUGGGAUGUAGCUGUCAAUACCAUAGGGAACAUCGUUGUGACUGACACACUGAAUCACCGUAUACAAUUAUUUACAAGCGCGGGUAGAUACAUUUCCAAAUUUGUAUUUGAUCGAGCUCACCCAACUGCAAUGUUGAAAAGUACGACGAUUCCGAGAGGUGUGUGCUUCACGACUACAGGCAAUAUAGCAGUAUCCGAUUUCCAGAAUCAUCGCAUACUAAUCGUAGAUUCGACUCUAUCAAAAGUUCUAUAUCGUGUAUGGCGUGAAGAUUACGGCCUUCGUGAGUUAGAUCGUCCAUCGGGCAUUGUGACCGACGACGAAGGUCAUAUAAUCGUAGCAGAUUCGAAAAAGCAUCGUUUACUCGUGUUUACUUCCGAGCUCCGUUUACUGGCCACUAAGUAUUUAAAGAGUCCAGACCUUGACGACAGUGACCGACCAAGUGACGUAGCGCUAACACCUGAGGGACAUUUAGUGGUAUUGUUUGAAACGCGACCAAUUCGUGAAACUUCUUUGGUUGGCAAACAUUUAAUCAAAGUAUAUUGA